GGGGCCGCCCUGGCGGGGCCGCGCUGAGCAGGCGCCGGGAGCAGAGCCGGCCGCGCCGCCGCUGGUGCGGGUCCGCCGGGCGCGAGGGCGGCCGAGACCGCGGCCUGCGAACAAAGGGCGGCGAGCGGGGGGCGGCAGCAUGGCGGACCGCAGCCUGGAGGGCCUUGCGCUGCCCCUGGAGGUGCGGGCGCGCCUGGCCGAGCUGGAGCUGGAGCUGUCGGAAGGUGACAUCACGCAGAAAGGGUACGAGAAGAAGAGGUCGAAACUGAUUGGCGCCUACCUGCCCCAGCCUGCGACAGCGAAUGGAGCUGCCGUGGUCCGGUGUAGACUGCAGCACAGUGACGGAGCCCCACGGAGGAUGCUGCACGCCGGCAACCUGGGGGUGUGCGACAUCCGAGACGCCGUGGUCCGAGAGCGGGUGGCCAGCACCGCGGGAAACCGGCCUCUGUUUUACUUUCGCUUUGGGGUGGACCAGGCUUUGCCUCCAGAGCGCCGGCCUCCCGUCACUCCUUCCUCUGCUUCUCGCUAUCACCGACGAAGGUCCUCAGGGUCACGAGAUGAACGCUACAGGUCAGACGUGCACACAGAAGCUGUCCAGGCAGCACUCGCCAAACACAAAGAAAGGAAGAUGGCUGUGCCCAUGCCGUCCAAGCGCAGGUCCCUGGUGGUACAAACCUCAAUGGAUGCCUACACACCCCCAGACACGUCCUCUGGAUCAGAAGAUGAGGGUUCCGUGCAGGGCGACUCCCAGGGUACCCCCACCUCCAGCCAGGGCAGCAUCAACAUGGAGCAUUGGAUCAGCCAGGCCAUCCAUGGCUCCACCACCUCCACCACCUCCUCCUCCUCCACCCAGAGCGGGGGCAGCGGCCCUGCCCAGAGGCUGGCCGACGUCAUGGCCCAGACGCACAUCGAAAAUCACUCUGCACCUCCUGAUGUAACCACGUACACCUCAGAACACUCAAUCCAAGUCGAAAGACCCCAGGGCUCAGCUACAUCGCGGACGGCACCAAAGUACGGCAACGCCGAGCUCAUGGAGACCGGAGAUGGCGUGCCGGUGAGCAGCCGUGUGUCGGCCAAGAUUCAGCAACUGGUCAACACCCUGAAGCGUCCCAAGCGGCCACCUUUGCGGGAGUUUUUUGUCGACGACUUUGAAGAAUUGUUGGAAGUUCAACAGCCAGAUCCAAACCAACCCAAGCCAGAAGGAGCCCAGAUGUUGGCGAUGCGUGGGGAGCAGCUGGGAGUAGUGACCAACUGGCCUCCAUCCUUGGAAGCUGCCCUGCAGCGAUGGGGGACCAUCUCACCCAAGGCCCCGUGCCUGACCACGAUGGACACAAACGGGAAACCCCUGUAUAUCCUCACUUACGGCAAACUGUGGACGAGAAGCAUGAAGGUUGCUUACAACAUUCUGCAUAAACUUGGUACAAAGCAGGAGCCUAUGGUGCGGCCUGGUGACAGGGUGGCGCUGGUGUUCCCCAACAACGACCCUGCUGCAUCCAUGGUUGCCUUCUAUGGCUGCCUGCUGGCUGAAGUUGUCCCCGUGCCCAUCGAGGUGCCCCUCACAAGAAAGGAUGCAGGAAGCCAGCAGAUUGGGUUCCUGCUGGGGAGCUGUGGCGUGACUGUGGCCUUGACUAGUGAUGCUUGCCACAAGGGACUUCCCAAAAGCCCAACAGGCGAGAUCCCACAGUUCAAAGGUUGGCCUAAGCUAUUGUGGUUUGUCACCGAGUCAAAGCAUCUCUCCAAACCUCCUCGGGAUUGGUUUCCGCACAUUAAAGAUGCGAACAACGACACUGCAUACAUUGAGUACAAGACCUGCAAGGAUGGAAGCGUAUUAGGGGUGACUGUGACGAGGAUUGCGCUGCUGACCCACUGCCAGGCUCUCACACAGGCGUGUGGCUAUACAGAAGCUGAGACCAUCGUGAAUGUGCUGGACUUCAAGAAGGAUGUGGGGCUGUGGCAUGGCAUCCUGACGAGCGUCAUGAACAUGAUGCAUGUGAUCAGCAUCCCCUACUCGCUGAUGAAGGUGAACCCGCUGUCCUGGAUCCAGAAGGUCUGCCAGUACAAAGCGAAGGUGGCGUGUGUGAAAUCCAGGGACAUGCACUGGGCUCUAGUGGCACACAGGGACCAGAGGGACAUCAACCUCUCCUCCCUACGGAUGCUGAUCGUGGCUGAUGGCGCGAACCCCUGGUCUAUUUCUUCCUGCGACGCGUUUCUCAAUGUCUUCCAGAGCAAGGGCCUGCGGCCGGAGGUCAUCUGUCCUUGUGCCAGCUCCCCAGAGGCGCUCACUGUGGCCAUCCGGAGGCCCACAGAUGACAGCAACCAGCCUCCCGGCCGCGGUGUCCUCUCCAUGCAUGGACUCACCUAUGGGGUCAUCCGGGUGGACUCCGAGGAGAAGCUUUCUGUGCUCACGGUGCAGGAUGUGGGCCUCGUGAUGCCCGGAGCCAUCAUGUGCUCUGUGAAACCAGAUGGGAUCCCCCAACUCUGCAGAACGGAUGAGAUCGGGGAGCUAUGUGUGUGCGCCAUCGCUACAGGCAUGUCAUAUUAUGGCCUCUCUGGCAUGACCAAGAACACGUUUGAGGUGUUCCCUGUGACAAGCUCUGGUGCCCCGGUCAGCGAGUUUCCCUUUGUGAGGACAGGCCUACUGGGAUUCGUUGGGCCCGGAGGCCUUGUCUUUGUGGUGGGAAAGAUGGAUGGACUUAUGGUGGUGAGUGGGCGCAGACACAAUGCCGAUGACAUCGUGGCCACUGCAUUGGCUGUGGAACCCAUGAAGUUCGUCUACCGGGGAAGGAUAGCUGUGUUCUCAGUGACCGUCCUGCACGAUGAGAGGAUCGUGAUUGUGGCCGAGCAGAGGCCCGACUCCACGGAGGAGGACAGCUUCCAGUGGAUGAGCAGGGUGCUGCAGGCCAUUGACAGCAUCCACCAGGUUGGGGUUUACUGCCUAGCCCUGGUUCCAGCAAACACCCUUCCCAAAACCCCGCUUGGUGGGAUCCACUUGUCAGAAACGAAGCAGCUUUUCCUGGAGGGCUCGCUGCACCCCUGCAACGUCCUCAUGUGUCCCCACACUUGUGUCACCAACCUGCCCAAACCUCGGCAGAAGCAGCCAGAAAUCGGCCCCGCCUCUGUGAUGGUGGGGAACCUGGUGUCUGGGAAGAGGAUCGCACAGGCCAGUGGCAGGGACCUGGGCCAGAUCGAAGACAAUGACCAGGCCCGAAAGUUUCUGUUUCUCUCGGAGGUCCUGCAGUGGCGAGCACAGACCACCCCCGACCACGUGCUGUUUACACUGCUCAACUGUAGGGGCACCAUAGCAAACUCGUUGACCUGUGUUCAGCUUCACAAACGAGCCGAGAAGAUCGCUGUGAUGUUGAUGGAGAGGGGCCAUCUGCAGGAUGGAGACCACGUGGCUCUUGUCUACCCCCCAGGGAUCGAUCUCAUUGCAGCCUUCUAUGGCUGCCUCUAUGCAGGCUGCGUGCCCAUCACUGUCCGCCCACCGCACCCGCAGAACAUUGCCACUACACUGCCCACCGUGAAGAUGAUCGUGGAGGUGAGUCGUUCUGCCUGUCUGAUGACAACGCAGCUCAUCUGUAAAUUGUUACGGUCCAGGGAGGCUGCUGCGGCUGUAGAUAUCAGGGCAUGGCCCCCCAUCCUGGACACAGAUGAUUUGCCAAAGAAGCGGCCGGCCCAGAUCUACAAACCAUCCAACCCAGACACGCUUGCCUAUCUCGACUUCAGCGUGUCCACCACAGGGAUGCUAGCUGGAGUGAAGAUGUCGCACGCAGCCACCAGUGCCUUUUGCCGUUCUAUUAAGCUGCAGUGUGAGCUCUACCCCUCUAGAGAAGUGGCCAUCUGCCUGGACCCUUACUGUGGGCUCGGGUUUGUCCUUUGGUGUCUCUGCAGUGUAUACUCUGGCCACCAGUCCAUCCUCAUCCCUCCGUCGGAGCUGGAAACCAACCCUGCCUUGUGGCUUCUUGCCGUGAGUCAGUACAAAGUCCGGGACACAUUCUGCUCCUACUCUGUAAUGGAACUUUGCACCAAGGGCCUGGGGUCACAGACAGAAUCUUUAAAGGCUCGAGGACUGGACUUGUCCCGGGUGCGGACGUGCGUCGUGGUUGCAGAAGAGCGGCCCCGGAUAGCACUCACCCAGUCCUUCUCCAAGCUCUUCAAGGACCUGGGUCUCCACCCGCGGGCCGUCAGCACCUCCUUUGGCUGCAGGGUGAACCUGGCCAUCUGCCUGCAGGGGACUUCGGGACCCGACCCCACCACCGUCUAUGUGGACAUGCGAGCCCUGAGGCACGACAGAGUCCGUCUAGUAGAGAGAGGGUCUCCUCACAGUUUGCCUCUGAUGGAGUCAGGAAAGAUCCUUCCGGGAGUCCGGAUCAUAAUUGCCAAUCCAGAGACGAAAGGGCCGCUGGGAGAUUCCCAUCUGGGAGAGAUCUGGGUGCACAGUGCCCACAAUGCCAGUGGUUACUUCACGAUUUAUGGGGACGAGUCCCUGCAGUCAGACCACUUCAGCUCGAGGCUGAGCUUCGGAGACACGCAGACAGUGUGGGCCCGGACAGGCUAUCUGGGGUUCCUGCGGAGGACAGAGCUCACAGAUGCCAGUGGAGAGCGCCAUGAUGCCCUCUAUGUGGUGGGAGCUCUGGAUGAGGCCAUGGAGCUGCGAGGAAUGAGGUACCACCCCAUAGACAUCGAGACUUCUGUCAUCAGAGCCCACAAAAGUGUUACAGAAUGCGCCGUCUUCACCUGGACCAACCUGCUGGUGGUGGUGGUGGAGCUGGACGGGUCUGAGCAGGAGGCCCUGGACCUGGUGCCGCUGGUGACCAGCGUGGUGCUGGAGGAGCACUACCUGGUGGUGGGGGUGGUGGUGGUGGUGGACAUCGGCGUCAUCCCCAUCAACUCCCGGGGCGAGAAGCAGCGCAUGCACCUGCGGGACGGCUUCCUGGCUGACCAGCUGGACCCCAUCUACGUGGCUUACAACAUGUAGUCCUGCCUCUGGCCCUGAGACCUGUCCAGGGGCUCGAGUGCCGGCGCGAGGGAACGUCUGCGGAGGGCAGCCUCUGUCUCGUGGAGGGGAGGAGACCACGCGGGCUGGUCGGUGUGAGCGGAACAUGAGACGUGAAUUAACACACAAGUUUGUUCAGAAGGACUUCGGGUUACUGCCUUCGGUUUGUUGGAAAAGCCCAUUUCAAACACUUUUUUUCCUUUUUUCUCUUUUUAAAAAAAUACCGGAUAAUCAGUGCUUUCCUCGUCAAAGUGGUAUUUUGUUAAACCAAAAUAGAAUUAAAAAUUAUUCUGCCCUCCAGAUGGGAUCUUUUCCACAGUUCAUGUAGUGUAACAAAAAUUGUUUUCUCUGUUCUACUGUGUCAUGGAAUCAGAUGACAUGGACCUGUUACUCAUUUAAGCCAUUGCUGAAUCUCAUCCUCUUAGGAAAGUUUGUUGAGGUACGAGUAAACCUUCCAAACUGCACCUUCCAAUUAGAUUUUAGCAGCUUCUUCGUCAGAGAUGUGCUGAAGAGAUGAAGGCUGGCUUGUACAGCCUUUGGUGUCAACACAGAGAAUGAGAAGAAAUGAUCAAUAAGGUGUAUUUCGGCAAUUAUCUUGCAAAUAUCUUUGUACUAAACUAAAAAGAAAAUAAGUUAACUUCUUCCUAUGUAAUUAUGUACAAAACGUUUAAUUUAUUUUGAUCUCUUUAGAAGUAUAAAAGAGAAACAUUCAAGAAUAUUAAAGUCUUGUAAUGUUUGCUAAUAUAAAAAAAAGUGUUGUAUUAUCUUGCGUGGAUAGUAUCACAACAAAUAUAUAUAUAUGAAAUAUAAAUUCACUAAUGACAAAGGAGACUCCAGGUUCGAUGCAGACCCUGUCACUUGCAUGGUGCCCUUCAUGUCCUGUAGAUGCAGAUACUGCAGCAGCACAGCGCCAGGAGCCCCGCCCUUUGCCACGCUGGCGGCCGAUGCAGGGGGUGCCGGGCACAGGGGCAGAGGUUCGGCUCUAAUAGCUGCACUUCCGGGCAUUUAUUUUAUUUUAUUUUAUUUUGGUCACAUCACCUUCUCUCCUUCCUUGGUGUGACAGGAAUGAGAGCCUCUGGCCGUGUGCAGUGCAUUGUGUUGAUUCCUCCCCAGUGGCCUCUGUGUGGAACGGACAGUUUCUGGAACAGCUUUAAUAAACAGAUGUGCACAGCUGGGGAGCCCCUGGGCCAGCUGCUGCCCUGUCGCCUGAAAUGCCUCGCAGGGCACUGUUUGGAGUAGCCUGCGUGUGACCCCCUGGGGACUCCGGCUCGGACGCCCUGGCCCAUCCUGGCUGCUGCUCCUCACAGCCCUCUGAUGCUCCUUGCUCGCCUGUGCUGUCCGUGAUGGGGACAGCCUGCUUGUGUCCAAUUGAGAAGAGGCGUCAGCCAUGCCCAAGGGACUCCGUCCGCCCACCCACCCACGCCCGCCCUGCAGUGGCCACUGUGUCUGGAAUGGUGUGUGACUGAGAUUGUUGCCUGGCCGUGUCAGGUCCCCCGUGACAGCGUCAGCAGCCCACACCUGCCUCUCCAGGGUGCCAGCAGUCAGCCACUUGCUAAAAGGGUUUCAUUCGACUCCUGAGAUCCAAGGCUAAUUGUUUUUUAAAAAAUUAAGCGGCAUAUUUUUUUAAUUUGUCUGCAUGUGAGGUGCACCCUCCCAUUUCCAAAAAUCAUUUGACUUUUAAAAUAUCGUUUGACUUCCUGAGGUGUAAAAUAUUUCUGUACAUGUUUCAGACAUACACCUGUACAACCCUCUGCUUCCCAGUGGGAAGACUGCACCCACAUAGAAGGAAAAGGCAUUUUCUUGCACACACUUUUGUGCGAAGAUGCCAGUUAGGAAGCACAUUUGUAAGAUAGCUGUGUGGUUCCACUGAGGUGGACAUCACGGCCGUCCCCAGAUCCACAUCAGGGAAGAAGGCCCCUGGGAUGGGAUCUGAGGUCCAGAGUAAAGGAGCCGGGAUGGAGGUCUUGUGUCGGGGACACGGGGGUACCACCGCUUCAGCAAUAAGGGUGGAUUGUUCUGUGUUAGAAACUGUACUGUGGAAAAAUCACCCAUGAGAGCGUGACACUGUUUGUCUCGUGACCUUGUGCUUUUGAAGUCAGACAAAACCGUGUGAUCGGCAGAGGGGGGCACCGAGAACAUUGAAUCCCAGUCUGGACCCAGCAGGGCGGCUUCCUCAUGGUGCUUGUUUAUUAUAUAUAUUAAUCCUGCUUGACACUUUACCCAAGGGAGACGGUCCCUUUUAUCAGUUGAAUGUUAGCAGCGUUAUUUCAUAGAGUGUGAUGGCUGGUUAGAGAAAUUCAUGUGCUCAACCAACCCACCGUUUCAAACUAGGUUUUUAUGUGAAAGGACAGCCACCUUCUCAUAUGUUAAACCACCGGUAAGCUUUGUACAUCUGUGAUAACGCCUGUUUUAUAUUCAAACGAACAAAUAAAAGCUUUUAUUUUUGUUGCUCUGGAAAUAGCAGUUUCUUAAUUGGUCCCCUGGAAUGCUGGGGCCGCGUAGACCGGGAAGGCGCUGGGACAGGGCCAUUUGCUGACUCUGUUUACAUGAUUUGUCGAAUUCCUAGCACAGAUGAUCAUACUUUGAACAAUGUUUAAAUUUUGAUGUGGGCAUUAUUGAUAAAAAAAAAAAAAGAAAUCCUAUGGCAACAAAUGUUUUGUGAAAUGUUUUUUAACUUCUUUGAAAUAUAUCUAAGUCUAUUUGUUCA